UUAGCCAUUGCACCGAACAGAACAGAAACAUGGCACAAGCAAAAGUACUGCCACAAUAUAUUGCCGGGCUGUCCGCAGCGUUUGGAGCCUUCUGUAUGGGCGCCAGCAUGGGCUGGUCAGCGCCUGUAGAGAAAAUGUUGACGGAGGAGGAAGCUUACGGGUUUCCAGUGUCCAGCGACCAAUUUGGCUGGGUGUCUUCCCUGCUAACACUGGGCGCGACUGUCGUUUGCAUACCCGCAGGAUUCAUUAUUGACUGGAUUGGACGCAGACCGACGAUGUUGGCCCUGAUACCACCUUACAUGGUGGGCUGGAUUCUGAUGAUCUUUGCGAACAAUGUGAUGAUGCUCUAUUUUGGACGUUUCAUUCUGGGCGUUUGCGGUGGUGCCUUCUGUGUGACUGCGUCCAUGUACACCACGGAGAUCUCAACUAUUUCCACACGUGGCACACUGGGAAGCUUCUUCCAGCUGAACACCGUCUCGGGAUUGCUGUAUGGCUACAUUGUGGGCGGCUACCUUCCGCUGUUGACCAUCAAUAUACUCUGUGCCAUAUUACCUCUAAUCUUUGCCGCAGUGCACUUCUUUAUGCCGGAAUCGCCGGUUUAUCUGGCCAUGAAAGGUCGUCCUGAAGAUGCAGCCAAGUCUCUGCUCUGGCUGCGUGGCAAGGACUGCGAUGUCAGCUCCGAGCUCAAGGAAAUUCUCGAGGAGACAAACAAGAAUGCGGAUGAGCCCAAGGUCAGCAUCUUAAAGAUGUUGCGACGUCCCAUAACCCUCAAGGGAAUUGGCAUUGCGGUGAUUCUGCAGGCAUUGCAGCAGUGGACGGGCAUUAAUGCCAUCAUGUUUUACUCCACGUCCAUUUUUGAGGAUGUUGGUGCUGACCUCAGCGGUCGCAUUUGCACCAUUCUGAUCGGAGCUACUCAAGUAAUUAUGACACUUGUGGCAACUUUAAUAAUUGACAAGGCUGGUCGACGCAUUCUGCUCCUUAUUUCCGCCUUCUUUAUGGCCAUUACGACCUGCCUGAUGGGCGUGUACUUUCAAAUGAAGGAAAACGACGAGGCUUCGGUGGCGUCUCUGGGAUGGCUGCCCAUCACCAGCAUACUCGUGUUCAUUGUGUUUUUCUCCAUUGGCUUCGGGCCCGUGCCGUGGCUAAUUAUGGCCGAGUUGUUUACCGAAGACGUCAAGAGUGUCGCCGGCUCCAUUGCGGGCACGAGCAACUGGUUCUCCGCAUUUUUGGUCACAAAACUGUUUCCGUUAUUAAAGAACAGUAUUGGAUCGGCGCCAACAUUUUGGAUAUUUGCUGGAAUCGCUGUCGUCGCUUUUGUCUACUCGCUGAUUUGUGUGCCGGAGACAAAGGGUAAAACGCUUCCCGAGAUUCAGCUAUUGUUGGCUGGCGGCAAAAAGAAUCACGACACCGAGACGAAGGGCAAUUAGAACUGGGCCUAAGCAUAUAUAUAUACAUAUGUCUAGUCUAUAGCUAUAGUCUCUAUCAAUAAGAAUAAACAAAUAUAUUUUCAAAUACUUAA